AUGGCAGUCUUUAAUCAGCUUGAGAAUGUGGAAGACCUCUAUGAGAUCGGAGAAGUACUUGGGAGGUAAGGAUUGUCAUUAUAAAAGGUCUUCUUGUAUGAGGCUGUUUAAGUGAGGAAGGUAUUUGAACUCUGAAUUCAGUUACUUUUCAAGGUCAAUUUUGCAUAUGCUGUCUUGCUGCAUAGGUCAAUGUGAACUAACAUUCAAUGUAAGCAAUUGGAAUAAUUCAAAAACGGACUGAAUUGUGUAUAGAAAGAAUACUUUUCAACAUCACAAAUGACAUUGCAGAACAGCUACAUAAAUAAAUCUGUGUUGUGUUCAGAAGGAAUAUAUUUUUAUUGGACAAACAACUACAUUUUUGCACUCUGUCGCCGCCCCCAGUGGCCACUUUGGGCAGGUGCGGGAGGUGCGUGAGCGGGCCACGGGGGCUCGCUGGGCUGGGAAGUUCCUGAAGAUCAGGAAGUGUGCUAGCAGCCGGCUGGGCAUAGAGCGGAAGAGCGUGGAACGGGAGGUUGAGGUCCUGCAGGCCCUAAAGCAUCCCAACAUCAUGGCCUUGAAGGAUGUGUUCGAGAGUCGGGCUGAGGUGGUGCUGGUGCUGGAGCUGUGAGUGGAGGGAGGGGAGGAGGAGGAGGGAGAAAACCAAUACUUUUUAAUCCCAGGUCUGACAUGAGAUACAUGCAGGGCAAGUCAUUGAUUCUGUUGAUGUGGUUGAAUUAUGUAGUAGAGUUAAAGGAAAACUCCACCCAAAAACUAUCUUUUGGUCCAUUGUUGAUAUAAUCCCAAAAUGUUUUGGAUGUCAGCAAUCAAGUUUUCAAGAUAUAUAACUUUCGAAAUACAGCCAGUAUGAUGCAUUUUGUUUGCAUCAUGUCAUGCUGCUUGGGCGGUAAUAUCUAAUUUACAUAAGUAUUCAUACCUCGGAGUCAAUCAUUUGUAGCAGCACCUUUCUUCAAGCUCUGUCAAAUUGGUUGUUGAUCAUUGCUAGACAACCACUUUCAUGUCUUACCAUAGAUUUUCAAGUAGAUUUAAGUCAAAACUGUAACUCGGCCACUCAGGAACAUUCACUGUCUUCUUGGUAAGCAACUCCAGUGUAGAUGUGGCCUUGUGUUUUAGGUUAUUGUCCUGCUGAAAGAUGAAUUAAUCUCUGUCUGGAGGAGAGCAGACUGAACCAGGUUUUCCUCUAGGAUUUUGCCUGUGCUUAGCUCCAUUCCGUUUCUUUUUUAUCCUGAAAAACUCCCCAGUCCUCAACGAUUACAAGCAUACCCAUAACAUGAUGCAGCCACCGCUAUGCUUGAAAUAUGGAUAGUGGUACUUACUCAGUAAUGUGUUGUAUUGGAUUUGCCCCAAACAUAACACUUUGUAUUCAGUACAAAAACGUAAUUGCUUUGGCACAUUUUUUGCAGUAUUACUUUAGUGCCUUGUUGCAAACAGGAUGUAUGUUUUGGAAUAUGUUUUAUUCUGUACAGGCUUCCUUUUUCACUCUGUCAAUUAGGUUAGUAUUGUGGAGUAACUACAAUGUUGUUGAUCCAUCCUCAGUUUUCUCCUAUCACGUCCAUUAAACCAUGUUACUGUUUGAAAGUCACUAUUGGCCUCAUGGUGAAAUCCCUGAGCAGUUUCCUUCCUCUCCGGCAACUGAGUUAGGAAGGAUGGCUGUAUCUUUGUGACCGGGUAUAUUGAUACUGUCAUGCGUCAGUGUGUAGCGGUAGGACGGAGUCAGGCGCAGGACACAGAACUUAGUUAACAACGUACUUUACUUGUCAAGAGUAAAUAACAUAUCUUCCACGCAGGGAAGAAAAUACUGACUAACAUGUCAAUGACAACAAAACAACCACGCACAACACCAUGAGGGAACCAGAGGGUAAAAUAGGGAAACAAAUUAUCGUAAUUGGAACCAGGUGUGUGCAAAUUAGACAAAACAAGUAGAACACAGAAACUGAUCGGUGGCAGCUAGUACUCCGGUGACGACGAACACCGAAGCCUGCCCGAGCAAGGAGGAGGAGCAGCCUCGGCUGAAUUCGUGACAGAUACACCAUCCAAAGUGUAAGUAAUAACUUCACCGUGCUCAAAGGGAUAUUCAAUGUCAGUUUUCUAUUUUUUUUACCCAUUUACCAAUAGGUGCCCUUCAUUGCAAGGCAUUGUAAAACCUCUCUGGUCUUUGUGGUUUAAUCUGUGCUUGAAAUUCACUGCUCGACUGAGGGACCUUACAGAUAAUUGCAUGUGUGGGGUACAGAGAUGAGGUAGUCAUUCAAAAAUCAUGUUAAACAUUAGUAUUGCACACAGUGAGUCCAUGCAACUUAUGUGACUUGUUAAGCACAUUUUUACUCCUGAACUUAUUUAGGCUUGCCAUAACAAAGAGGUUUAUGUCUUGACUCAAGACAUUUCAGAUUUUCAUUUGUAAAAAUGUCUAUAAACAAGAUUCCACUUUGACAUUAUGGGGCAUUGAGUGUAGGCCAGUGACAAAAAAAAUCUCAAUUUAAUCAAUUUAAAAUUCAGGCUAUAACACAACAAAAUGUGGAAAAAGUGAAGGGGUGUGAACACUUUCUGAAGGCACUGUAUAUGAUAUACUGCCCAAGCCUAAUGCUGCGUUUUGGAUCAUAUGAUGCAAAAUGCAUCACACUGCCUGUAUUUCAAUAUGUUGAAAGUUAUAUAUUUUUAACUUUAUUACUAACAUGCAAAACAAUUUGGGUCUAUAUCAACAAUGGACUAACGAAACAAAUACCAAAAUAGUUUUUGGGUGGAAUUUCCCUUUAAGUUCUAACACCUCUCCAUUUCUCCUCCUUCCUCUUUCAGUAUUAGUGGAGGAGAGCUGUUUGACUUCAUCGCUGUGAAGGAGAACCUGACGGAGAGCGACGCCAUCGAGUUCAUGAAGCAGAUACUACUGGGCGUGGGCUUUAUGCACAGCAAACAAAUAGGCCAUUUUGACCUAAAGGUAAAUUAUGCUAGUGUGUUUAUUUAACAUAUUAUCCAACUUCUUUUGUUCGUUACUCACUCCAUAUGACAUUUAUGAAUCCAGUGCUGCAAUAGUCUGUAGUAGUGGUUUACAUCUAACCUCCCCAAUAACACUGCUAAAGUAGGAUUACGCAUAGAAAUAGUAAUACACAGCCUGUUCAUUUAUUGAAUCCAAAAUCCUAGGAUUUUAGGUAUGAGUGCUUAAAGUGAAAAGAGCAUAUCUUUAUUCAUCUAUCCCAAAACCACACAAACAUGCUGACACUGCUACUUAUUAGUGCAAACGUCCAUGUCGCAUGCUCAUGUUUGCAUCCACAGUUGUCACUAAGGGAGUGUGGCUGUGCACUAGGGUGUUGAAGAACGUGCUGUUCGUGGUCCGGUCGUUCAGCAUGCUGUUGACCUUUAUGGUCAGAUUGUACUAAUUUUGCAUGUAAAAUGUGUACUCCCCUUCCACGAUCAGCCGGAAAACAUCAUGCUGUCAGACAAGAUGGCGCCAAACCCCGACAUUAAGAUAAUUGACUUUGGGCUUGCCCACAGCUUCCAGCCGGGGGAGGAGUACAAGUGCAUGAGUGGCACCCCGCAGUACAUUUGUGAGUAGUACAGUCCUUUCAUACAAGUUAGGCCCUGUUUAAAUACCAUGUAAAUUCAUGCAUCCUUCUACCUACAGUUGUUGUGAAGCACUUAUUGACAUGACUAGAUUCUUGAGGGCUAUGUAGUGAAACCUAUUGCUUACAUUAUAUGCAAAUUGUCACACCAGUGAUUACUUUUAGGAAGGAAACUGAAGAAAAGGACUAGGACAGACUAUACUAGGUUCAGGACUGUUUCUGCCAUCCUUUGGUGCAUCGGUCAGAAUGCGAAUCCGGAGAUUUAGCAGUAAUCCAGGUUUAGGGGUAUUUAUUAUACAGUUGAACAUGGGAACGAACAGAGGCACAUGGGGGAGGGUUUGGAACAGAGGUAGGGCUUGUAAGGCCGGUAGGAAGGAUGUGCUUUAGGAUGUGGCUUGUAAAGAAGAUAGGAUUGGAUGUGGUGGUCUGGAAGGGAGAUACAAAAGGGAAACAUUAGAAAUACAUCAACAUAAAAAGGUACAGACAUGACAAAGUAGUGCCAAGUGACUUACAGGGAAUGGGCUUAAGAUAACCACAAACUAAGGAGGCUGCCAGGACUAAACAUAAAAGGGCAUUAGCAUAGCAUGGAUAUAAAAGAUGCAACAUAAGUUCAGGCAGGUUGACUUACAUUUCUCCUACAAGUUAAGGCACUGACUCAUCACACAAAUGAUAGGGCCACCCCAUGGCAUCACCAAGCAAACUAGUCUAGUGUGUAGGAAGGAGCAUGCUGCUUAAAUAGGGAACUGAAAGUGUUGAAAAGGGCAGAGGAGGGGUGAUUUGGGAGUGGAAACAGGUGUGGUGGAAAGGGGCAUGGCCUAGGGUAAUUUGAGACCCUUGGCAUGACCCUUCACAACAGAUACAUUAUUAAAAUUAUUGGAACAGGCCCCUUGUAAUGCAGUGCCUAUGUGGCUGAGAUCCCUACUGUGGUCUGUGGAAGUGAGCACCUAUUUCCAGGUGUUUCCAUGGAGACAGUGCAAGAAGUGCAGUGUCAUGAUCUGAGUUGAUGGUGUUUUGAUAAACUACGGUGGUUGCAAUUCCAGUUGAAACAGGAAGCAAUUUGGAUGGUCUAGGAUAGUCGCCAUUUCGGUCAUAACUACAUUACCCUUCAACCCAAAUCAUUUCAGAAACCUCUUAUCAAUAUAGUAAUUAUAUUCUACAUAUAUUCCAAAUCUACAUAUUUAGUAAUAUAUCACAAACCAAAAAUGCUUGACAAAGCAAAAGUAUCCUUAAAAUCCUAUUAGAUUUUGAAACAACAGGUAGUUUGCCCAAAGAAAGAGACAUCUCAAGCUGUUUACAAAUACUAGCUGCUUCAACACAGAUUUGGUCAGCAUGAUAAGGUUGGCAUGGUUACAAACCUUGUCCAGUUUAGAAUUCAAAUGUGUUUGCCCAGCAGUAGCAGCUACACACAGUACUGUAGGUUUAAAUAAUACAAUGCGACUGGUGGAGGAAGUCCCUGGAGUUUGACUGGGAGGAACAAUCUAUGAAUGGUUUUCUGAUAAAGUGUUUAGUUUGCAUUCUUGAAAAUGUUAAAUUUUUCCUUCACAGAUAGUGUGAAGUCUGACAGGCCUUCGGGGCUUGCGUGUUUUUCAUAAAUGCAGCUACAUGCAUAGACAAGUCUCUCAGAUUGCUUUAUUGGCACAAAAUACAAUUUGUAGAUAUUGCCAAAGCAGAUAGUGGUACAGCAUUACAGGAAAUACAGUACAAUGCAAUGAGGAUAAUGAAAUACUGUUAAUUUCAGCAGUAAUAAUAAUAGUACAUACAGCUCCAAAAGUAUUGUGACAGUGACCAUUAUAUUUAUUUAUUUGUCUCUGUACUCAAGCACUUUGGAUUUGAAAUGAUGUGUUUCAGAUUAUUUUGUGCCCAAUAGAAAUGAAUGGUAAAUAAUGUAUUGUGUCAUUUUGGAGUCACUUUUACUGUAAAUAAGAAUAGAAUAUGUUUCUAAACACGUCUACAUUAAUGUGGAUGCUACCAUGAUUACGGAUAGUCCUGAAUGAAUCGUGAAUAAUGAUGAGUGAGAAAGUUAAACGCAUAAAUAUCAUACCCCCAAGACAUGCUAACCUCUCACCAUUACAAUAACAGGGGAGGUUACCAUUUUUGGACGGGCAUGAUAUUUGUGCGUCUAACUUUCUCAAUCAUCAUUAUUCACGAUUCAUUCAGGACUAUCCGUCAUCAUGGUAGCAUCCACAUUAAUGUAGACGUGUUAAGAAACAUAUUCUAUUCUUAUUUACAAUAAAAGUGACUCCAAAAUGACACUACAUUAUUUGCCAUUUAUUUCUAUUGGACACAAAAUGAUCUGAAACACAACCAAAACAAACAGAAAAUAAAAUCAACAAGUUUGUGGAGUCACAAGCUUGAUGUAAUCAUUGCAUGCUAGGAAUAUGGGACCAAAUACUAAACUUUUGACUACUUUAAUACACAAGUUAAUUUGUCCCAAUACUUUUAGUUCCUUAAAAUGGGGGGGGGGGGGGGGGGGGGGGGGGGAGACACUAUGUAUACAAAGUGCUGUAAUUUCUAAAUGGUUCAACCGAUAUGGAUGGAAAAUACCCUCAGAUCAAAGCUGACAGUCUGCGCUUUAACUUCAUAGUCAGUGUAUUGUUUCAAAUCCAAAGUGCUGGAGUACAGAGCCAAAACAACAACAAAUGUGUCACUGUCCCAAUACUUUUGGAGGUCACUGUAUAAUCAUCUCUCUCUUUCUCAGCCCCUGAAGUGAUCAACUAUGAACCUCUGAGCACAGCUGUCGACAUGUGGUGAGUGUGUGUCCCGCCACCUCUCCCAACAUACACACUCACACACACUUAUACAUAUACAGACACCUAACAGUCACACUGUGUUAUUAGGGAAAGGAGAGAGGGUGCCUACACAUGCCUGAACGCAUCCCAAGGGCUUAUUCAUCAAGAUGGAAGGGGGACAUUCUUUGUGUGUGUGUAUAUGAGGUUAUUAUUGGGUAGCAAGGGAUGUGGGAUGGGUGUGUGUUUUGAGAUUCCUUGAUCUUUGAACCUCAAAACACACACCCAUCCUACACCUCUUGCUACCCAAUAAUAACCUCUUAAAUAUACAAAGAAUGUCCCCCUUCCAUCUAGACAUUACAGUGAAAUGCUUACUUACAAGCCAUUAACCAACAAUGCAGUUUAAAAAAAUAAAAAUAAAAUAAAGUGUGAAGUAAAAAAUAAAAGCGAAUAACUAAAGAGCAGCAGUAAAAUAAAAUAACAGUAGGGAGGUGUCACGCCCUGACUCUGAGGACUUGUAUUUGUUGAGUCAGGGUGUGUAUUUUCUGUGUUGUGUUUGCUAUGUCGAUGUUCUAUGUUUAAGAUCUAGUAUGUGUAGAUCUAUGUUGGCCGGGGUGGUUCCCAAUCAGAGGCAGCUGUAGCUCGUUGUCUCUGAUUGGGGACCAUACUUAGGCAGCCUUUUGGCACCUGUUAGUUGUGGGAUCUUGUUCCGUGUAAGGUAUGUUGUUUGUAUGCUACCUUGGACGUCACGUUUCGUUUGUUGUUUUGUCGUGGUGUUUAGUCGUAAAUAAACAUGUAUGCUUAUCACGCUGCGCCGUGGUCUGUCCCGUUCGUCAACGAUCGUGACAGGAGGCUAUAUACAGGGGAGUACCGGUACAGAGUCAAUGUGCGGGGGUACCGGCUAGUCGAGGUAAUAUGUACAUGUGGGUAGAGUUAAAGUGACUAUGCAUAAAUAAUAAACCGAGUAGCGGCAGCGUAAAAGAGUGGGAUGGGGUGGCAGUGCAUAUAGUCCGGGGUAGCCAUGAUUAGCUGUUCAGGAGUCUUAUGGCUUGGGGGUAGAAGCCUUUUGGACCUAGACUUGGCGCUCCGGUACCACGCUGUAGCAGAGAGAACAGUCUAUGACUAGGGUGGCUGGAGUCUUUGACCAUUUUUAUGGCCUUCCUCUGACACCACCUGGUAUAGAGGUCCUGGAUACCAGGAAGCUUGGCCCCAGUGAUGUACUGGGCCGUACGCACUACCCUCUGUAGUGCCUUGCGGUCGGAGGCCGAGCAGUUGCAUUUUUACAUUUUAGUCGUUUAGCAGACGCUCUUAUCCAGAGCGACUUACAGUUAGUGAGUGCAUACAUUUUCAUACUGGCCCCCCGUGGGAAACAAACCCACAACCCUGGCGUUGCAAACGCCAUGCUCUACCAACUGAGCUACAUCCCUGCCAGCCAUUCCCUCCCCUACCCUGGACGACGCUGGGCCAAUUGUGCACCGCCCCAUGGGUCUCCUGGUCGCGGCCAGCUACAACAGAGCCUGGAUUCGAACCAGGAUCUCUAGGUGCACAGCUAGCACUGCGAUGCAGUGCCUUAGACCACUGCGCCACUCGGGAGACAUAGUUGCCAUACCAGGCGGUGAUGCAACCAGUCAGGAUGCUCUCGAUGGUGCAGCUGUAGAACUUUUUGAGGACCCAUGCCAAAUAUUUUCAGUCUCCUGAGGGGGAAUAGGCUUUGUCGUUAUCUUCACAACUGUCUUUGUGUGUUUGGACCAUUAUAGUUUGUUGGUGAUGUGGACACCAAGGAACUUGAAGCUCUCAACCUGUUCCACUACAGCCCUGUCGAUGAGAAUGGGGGCGUGCUCAGUCCUCUCUUUUUUUUUUUUCCUGUAGUCCACAAUCAUCUCCUUUGUCUUGAUCACGUUGAGGGAGAGGUUGUUAUCCUGGCACCACAUGGCCAGGUCUCUGACCUCCUCCCUAUAGGCUGUCUCAUCGUUGUCGGUGAUCAGGCCUACCACUGUUGUCGUCGGCAAACUUAAUGAUGGUGUUGGAGUCGUGCCUGGCCAUGCAGUCAUGGGUGAACAGGGAGUACAGGAGGGGACUGAGCACGCACCCCUGAGGGGCCCCCGUGUUGAGGAUCAGCGUGGCAAUGUGUUGUUACCUACCCUUACAGUGUUACUGUUUCUGGUUGAAUGCAUUAUCUACACACUAUGAGUUCAGCCACUGUAUAACAAUCUGAUUCUCUAGUGGGUUUCGGCUAGAUACUGUGUUUGUUUUUACACAGAAAUUAACUGUUUUGAGUCUAAAGGGUUGGACUUGAUUGUUGUACAGUGGAAUAUGAGUGUACCCAGACGCGCUCCAGCCCAGCAUUAAUAAAUGGUGCUAAAAAAUGAGGACUUCGGGGAAAAAAUAAUUUUACCCCAGGACAUUUCACAUUGUGACUAUCCCCGAAAAAGUAAAGUAGCAUUCAGAUGUCUGCGUUGAUCUUUGAGUUUAAUUUUAGGGACAAACAGACAGGCUUAUGUUUUCAAUGUGUCAUGCUCCUCCCCCAGAGCCUUAGGCAGGAAACUGUCAGAGGCAGCUGAUUAUAGUACAUUUGGAAAUACGAAAGCAAGCAUUAAAUAACUACUCACCACAACCGCUCUGUCUACAUCCUUUGGAAUAAAGUUAAGAUAUUGAGAUAAGAACUGAGUCUCUAGGCCUCUGUGAACAAAAUAACCACAUGACUGUUAGUUCUUUGUUUGUGUUUGCCUACCCAUAUAGGAGCAUCGGAGUGAUCACCUACAUACUGUAAGUUGAGGGAGAAAAGGGGGGUGCUACUGUACGUUUGGAUUUACACAUAUGCCCAAUUCCAAAUCAACCCUUAGCCUACCAUAACCCUGUACAAAUGUGCCAAUAUUGCUAUCUUCCUCUGUUGACUUGGAAUUGGGCUAUAGUAACAGCAACCUUCUCUAUUUUUCCAGACUGAGUGGUAUGUCCCCGUUCCAAGGGGACACAGACGAGGAGACACUGAGGAACAUCAUAGCCCUGAACUACAAGUUUGACGACCACCACUUCAGCAUGACCAGUGCCAUGGCCAAAGACUUCAUCCAGAAGCUCUUUGUGAAAGAUCUGAAGUAAAUAAUGCAUUGGUCAUGGGUAAUUUGGCCUAUUACGAUGUCCUUUUACGACAUCAAGACAAGUAUGGAACGGUGACUGGAAUAGUGAAUGGAUCACUUAUUUUGUAACUUUGCACCUAUCGUAAAUGGAUUGAAACUUUUUCAGCCAUAUUUGGUUUUAAGCCUCUAUUGAUAGAAUAGGAACUCUGUAUUGUAUGAAUAUAUCACCCUUUGUCUGGCUGUCUGUGUUUGUCUGUCUGUCUCUGUGUAGUGAGAUAAUGACAGUUGAGAAUGACGGCUUUCUUUUUCAGCUGCUUUUGAUAGAAUAGAACUUGCAUGUAUCGAAUUAAUAGAUUACCCAUUGUCUGACCGUCUGUGGCUGCCACUCUCUCCCUGCCUGCCUGUCUGCCUGUCUCUGUUCGUCUGUCUAUGCCGAUCUUAUUGUCUCUCUGUCGGUCUGUCUCUGUGUAGUGAGAGAAUGACCGCUGAGGAGUGUCUACACCACCCCUGGAUCAAGGUGAGAGUCAGCAGCACAAGGCUUUGCUCCUUACAAACAGUUUAAUAUAUGUACUUGUUUUUAAUCUCCUUCACUUAUUAUCUCUCCCUCUUUUUUAGCCUCUGACACGGAAACAGGUGGCCAACAGGAAUCGUUCCUCCAUCAACAUGAAGAACUUUAAGAAGUUCAAUGCCAAGAGGAAAUGGAAGGUGAGUAGGAUAUAUGUCCUAUUUUUGUCCUAUAGUUUUAUGCCAUAUCACAUAUUAUUAUGACACUGAAUAAAGCUCAAAUCUUGGAAAUGUGCAUGUGUUUUAUUACGGAUAAUGAAAUCAAACUGAGGUCAUUGCUACACAGUCAAUGCUUGUCUUCUGGAACUAAACGAACAAAUAGGGCAUGAACGUGAGGCGGCAAUGUUUUGUCCGAAAGGCCCUUUUCAAGUCUACUCUUGUUUGUCUAUUAGAACAUAAAGCACACUGACAUUAUAGUCUGAGACAACAGAGUACAUGUUCACUAAAUGUAGUUUACAUAAGACAAACACAAAACCGGUUUUGAACUUACAGCUACAUUGAGAAGCAGGGCCUAUACAUCGUAGUGUCAGUUAAGCCGGGCGGUGCUCAAAUAAAACAACAACAACAUAUUGACACAGCAAGUGGGUCAGAGAAACAGACUGAGCAGUGCGCCGAGCCUCAUACAUAGAUCUGUAUGUUCAUGUGCAAAGUUUAAAUGAAUUAAAGAACGCACAUUUUAGCAAGGUGCUGAAUUUCCUUGCUAAGACAGAAUAAUAUGGUGUCCAGAAUAAUUAAAUUGUACCCAAUCUUAAACAUGUUCACGUAUAGCCUCAAUUAUAAGGCGCAGGCUGAUAGCAGUAAUAGGAAGCUAUGUAGAGGUUGUAGUGAAGACGCUCUACUGAAGUUGACGUGUAACUUGACGUGUAAAUGACCUUUUAGCACACUACUGUCAAAUACAGUAUGAAGAUAGGCAGACACAGCUUCUCAAAUAGAAGUCCCCAAUCACACUUGUAGGUGAUGUCAUGACAACAUUGGCUAGCUAAGAUCACGUGCAGAGACACAUAAUCGGGUGUAACUGUCAUCUCGCACUGAACUGCCAGGCUGUCAAAUUAAAGGCAAUCCUUAUCUAUAUAUAUAUAUAAGCUGUUUUUGACGAAAAUGAAAACGUGUCAGUUUGUCACUUUCACGAGGUUGGAGUAAUAACAUGUUCAACCACUUAAGAUAUUUUCUCGAAUCUAGGUUGUGCUUUUAUAUACCACUUCUCUCCUUCUCGCGAUGUUGUGUCUCUCGGUUUAGAAACUCUGUGCUACUGUGGUAGUUAGUAUUGCAGCUUAAAAUAUAAUAUUUUCAAUCAAUUUCUCUCGCUUUCUCUUUUAUUUUGCUCUCUUCUAUAUUUACUCUUACUUACUCUUCUGUUCUCCUGAUCUGUCUUUUUCUGUCUAACAUCUCUUAUGGUCCCCUGUCCCCUCUCUCCAUCCUCCCCUUUCAUAUCUCCUUUCCUCUGAUCCUCUCUCUCUAGAUGUCAUAUAACAUGGUAUGGGUGUGUACCCGGCUGCGUCGACUGAAGCUGCAAUGUAAGACUAGUGCACUGGCGGGCGAGGAACUGGUGAGUAAGGCUGCCAUGACAGUCCAACUAAGAGUUACACUUGAACGAAACCCAGUACAUUGGUUAUUAAGUGUGGCCCUCAUUUCCAACCUCUAUUGUUAAAAAAUGCUAUUAAUUGCAAAAAUGCUUUAUUUCCAGGCUUUGAAAAUUAACAGGUAAUAUAGCCUACUGUAUCAUUAACUCAAAUGGCUUAUCAACCAAGCUUUGCUUAUCUCUUGUUUUGAUGUGUUUGAUGAUAUCCUCACCAGUUGAAAAGCAAGCCAAAUAUUGGAGUGGAAUGAGUGAGGAGUUAGGAAAAUCGCAUAAAUAACGACUAAAAAGGGAGGGUGAGGGUAGAAAACAAUGCAAAGAACUUGACUGUAUUCAAAUACCCUUUGCACACUACUGAGCCAAAUUGAGCUAAGCAAAGUUGUACUGGAAUGGCCUGCCUGGUUACGCAUUCACCCUAGUUGCUUGAACUUUUCUGAAAAUAACAAUGUGAAACUAAAAUAACCGAGCCAGCACACUAUGAUUUGUGUCUGCCCUAUAGUGUGAAUCCGGUAAAAGAUAACUAACCUGCUGUAUCUCUCCUUGUCAUCAGAGACAGUGUGAGAGUGACCAGGAGGACACAGAGACCAAGCCAGCCUCUCUCAUUCGCCGGCGACUCAGCAAC